CCGCUGCUCCCUGCGCCGCCCUCUGCAUCUCCACGCUCGGAGAGUCCGCUACUACCAGCGCUGCGCUCCACUUGAACUGUAGCAGCGAGCUGAUGGCUGAGAAUAAAAUAUAACGUCACUGUGAUAAACUUUACAGGUGAUGAACUUAUAAAAAAGGGAUUGAGUAAAUGCUACGUUCAUGGACACGACGUGACAGGAAUGUGAGGACGCGAGAAAAAAGUCGAACAUUUCAAAAUGCAUUGGUUAUUGUUCCCACGUUUAGGCCUGCUUGUUUGUUUUCACAGCUAUAUAUCAGCUUUUACACUGGAAACCAAAACCCUGACAUAUGAUGAGUCCUUUUAUGAGUAUGUGCCCGAGUAUGUGCCGUGGGACCGAGCACUGGAAUUGUGUACACAGCGCUCUGGAGCCUUAGCCACAGUCUCCAACCCAGUAGAGAUCCAAGAGCUAACCAACUUUUUAAAAUCUUUGAACAUCUCGCAACCUGUGUGGAUUGCCACAAAGACACACUGGACAAGUUCCUCUAAGACCCUGAUUCUGGAGUUCACCAGGCGCUCGGACAGGAAGCAUGCCCGUCUUCUGCACACCUUCCCUUCGAUGGGCUCAGUGACCGUUUGCACUCGUCUCCUCUUUGAUCAGAAUGACUCUGGAAUUUCCACCAUCUUUUCUUAUUCCAUCCAGUCAUACAUUAAUGAGUUCCAACUCCGUGCAAAUGUGAUCAAGGGCAAGCUUGUGCGGCUGGCUCUUCUGGUCCAUGGCAAUCAUGGGCCUUAUCAGGAUGCCUUCAGCCAUGAUAACUCCUGGCACUCGGUGUGUGUUUCUUGGAGCCAGAAUGGUGGACGCUGGGCACUAUUUACUCAUGGCCUUAUGGUCUGUAGGGGUGAUGGCCUAAACAGUUCAGACAGCAUUGGUCCUGAUGGCCUUUUCAUUAUUGGGCAAGAGCAGGACACCUUUGGAGGCUCAUUUAAGAAGGACGAGUCAUUCUCAGGGAGCAUCACAGAGCUGCACAUUUGGGAUAGAGUACUGAACAGCAGUGAAAUUAGCGCCAUGGAAAAGGAGUGCUCACCCAUUUCUUCUGGGCUUGUGUUCAAGUGGAGUGAAACAGCCAUGAAAAUAGACCCCUCGCUUACUAAGCUGUGGAGAGACAACCCAUGUCAAGGUAACUUCACUGUGUUAACAGAGUCGCUGUUGGAUUCUCUUCUGGAAAGAAGUUCUAUGCAGAAUCAAACAUUUUCCUUUGAGUUGCUCCGCAGCCCGCAGUCUGAUGAGGACUGUGGCAUCUUGGACCCUGUCAUGGGCAGAACGAAACUAGCCAAGUGUGACUUAUUCAAAGGAGCUGUUUGCCAGUUUGAGAAAGAAGAUGUCAGUUUACCAGAGACACCAUUCUUUAGUAGACUCACCAGGAAUCCUCUGACUAAACAUAUGAUGGAAAAGCUGAGCAACAUAUCUUGGAACAGAGACCUGAUCUUGCUGCAGCAGCUGACCCAGGAUAUCUUGCAUAUGGUGGAAAAUGGUGGCCUGAAUCUCCUCACCUCCAGAGAUGUCCUGUACCUCUCCCAAAUGAUUGAGAUGGACCUUAUUACACGGGCUAGUACACGCUCUGUAGGAGCGGGUGCAGCAGAAGUCAUGGUAUCCAUUGCUACCAACUAUAUGAAGGUGGCAAGUUUGAUGCUGGAGCCUCACAUGGCUACACAGUGGAUGGGCCUGACAGAGGAUGGGGUUAGUGUGUGUCCAUUUACUGUUGUCAAAAGCAUUGAUACACUCACUGAAGCUCUGGCAGAUAUGCUGUCUGCUGAGAGAAGAGGCUUCACUCUUUCUACCAAGAACAUAGAUGUGUACAUGAAGUGGCAGAAACUGUCUGAAGAGAGCUGUAGUCAAGUCUUCAAGCCAUCUGUGGUUGGCUCUCACACCGCCAGCAGCAGUGGUCAGGAUGAGUUGCUAAUCCCUGACACUGAGCUUCAGAGGAUACACACACUGGGAUAUGAGGAAGUGAUGUUUAUUCACACCCACUAUGGCCAUCUCAGCGAGAUUGUGGCUGGAGCACAGGAACAUGAAACUUCGCUGAGCCACCAGGAGAAAAUUAAAAGGAUUCUCCCAGGUCAUCUGGCUUCUGCUGUCAUAUCAGCCACCAUUCGUGAUGCCACUAAGGCCCAAACCAUCCCUGUGGCUGUCCAAUACACUCUGUCCUCUUCACAUGUGGUGGAGUAUUCACAUCAAGUUUCGCCUAUUUGUGUUUUUUGGAGUUUCAGCCUGAUGCAUAGUCAUACCAGUGGCUGGUCCAGUGAUGGGUGCAGGGUGACCCUUGCUGGCUCCAGUGCCACUUCCUGUCUGUGUAAUCACACCACCAACUUUGCAGUGCUGAUGAAUUACCUGGAGUCAAAGUGGACUCCUGAGGAAGAGCUUAUUUUGACCAAGCUGACUUUCAUUGGCUCUGGUGCGUCUCUGUGUGCGCUGGUGGUGACGUUGAUGCUGUUCACUGUGCUGGAUAUCCCCAAAUCAGACAGGACAUCCAUUCACAAGAACCUGUUCAUUGCUCUGAUCUGUGCCCAGGUGAUUCUACUUUGCAGUGGCUCAGCCAUUCACAACAAGGUGGCAUGUACACUUGUGGCAGCAUUGCUCCAUCUCUUCUUCAUGGCAGCAUUUAGCUGGAUGUUGGUGGAGGGUCUGCUGCUUUGGAGCAAGGUGGUUGCAGUCAACUUGAGCGAAGACCGCCACAUGAAAUAUUACUAUCUCAUCGGCUGGGGUCUGCCAGUGCUGAUAGUGACCAUCACGCUGGCUUCGGCCUCAGGCAAAUACUCAGCGAAUGACUACUGUUGGCUUAGUGUACAGAAUGGCGUUAUCUGGGGCUUUGCUGGGCCCGUCAUCUUCAUCAUCAUGGUGAAUAUCAUGGUUCUGACCAGGGUGUUGGUCAUCACCAUCUCCACAGCCAAGAGAAGGUCCAUCAUGUUGACCAUGGGCACCAGUCCAGUGGAACAAGCCUAUGAGCAAAUCAGGGCCGCUGUAAAAACAGUGCUGGUGUUGGUCCCCAUCCUCGGAUUGACGUGGCUGUGUGGCGUCUUGGUGCCUUUCUCCAUUGUCUUGGCCUAUAUCUUCAUCCUCCUCAACUCCCUACAGGGCCUGUUCAUCUUCCUGAUAUAUGGGGUGUACAACACAGAGGUUCGGAGCACGGUCAACAGGAUCAAGGAGCGGAGAAAAGCACUUAAUUUUUCAAACUGUACCAGUUCCCGACCUUCCAGUUCAGCUACUAGUUCUCGUCGUAUCAGUUUUCCACGCAACGAUGAGGAGACGAGCCCUACCUACACUUGUAGCAACAUGCCAGACCUGAGAAAGGAGGAUGAGAGGACCAAAGGUCAUGUGUCCUUUCCUUGUGUUCCAGAGAUACUAGAAAAUCCCUCGAGCCAAACCUCCAAAGGCACUCAUCUGCAUCAAAAGGAGCCUAAUCCCUUCGAAGUGGAUGCCUUCGCAGCUGGUUGUAGUCUUCAUGUUCCUGUGGAGCUGGAGUUUACAUAUUCCUGUUUCCCUCGUAGCCCUGCGCCUCAGAAAAGCUACGACCUCGUCCACGUAGACUGACUUGGUUAGUGUGAUUGUGAUUUUAGUUUUAUAUUGUGAUUUAUGUUGUAAUCAGAUUAGCUCAUUUUGAUUUUCUUUAAUGUAGCUAAUUUUUCCUUGACUCUUCAAUUUUCUGUCACCUAUGAUUCAUGUAGAGAGAGGAAUAUUUGGUACAUGUUUGUAAGUAUUGCAUUCCUUAAUACUGGUAUUUUUGAAUAAAUACCAGGACUUAAUUUUUAUGUUUUACAUUAACAGUUUUACAUGGCUUUACUUGUUGUACAUGUAUUUGUGAAACCAUUAUAUUGUCCAGUAAAUUGUGUGGUAGCACUGCGAUCUAUAUGAACUGAGUAACGGCGUGUCCUCGUGACCUAUUAGUGUAACACGCAUAUCAUAUGACUCCAUCCCUGGUUUAAUUCAGGCAGGGAUUUGUAAAAAAAAAAAAAAAAAUUAAAACCAUAUAUCAUUUCAUCUCUCUCCAUAGUUCCUGUCACUUUACUGUCAACCUAUCAAAUAAAGACCAGGACGGCAUGAAUAAUAAUAACUGAUUGAUAUUGUACAGCAUCUCAUCUACUUUCUUC